CCGUAGUGGAAAAUCAAAAGUUACCGUCAGUUUUUUAGACUCAAGUAUAUCGGUAGACAUGUUAUUAUGUGAAAUUGUUUAUCACUUAUGGGGAUGGUGGUUUUAUUAGUGUGCGGUGUUUUAAAAAAAACAUGCAUAUAGGAUGUGAUGUCGUUGCCGGUAUCCCAAUAUGAGGCCCUGCUUGCUGAAGUACGCGACUUGAGAAAGAAGGCUCAACGCGUCCAACAGCUUGCCAGGCCCCUCAUUGGUAGUACAGACUACAAUUCACAUUCAAUCUCAUCUAAUAAUGAUUUAGAUGAACCUUAUGACAUGGAUUCCUUAUUAUUAGAUCGACAAGUGAAUUCACAAACAUCAAACUAUGACCCUGGUGAUGGGUCGUCCGGCACCGGAACGGAAACGGGGGCCCAAUGUUCAUCAGAAGAAAAAUACAAGAGUACCCACAUGUCGGUCAGCAGCGAGCCCAUCUCGCACCGCAACAGAUCGUCGUUGUAUCACGGCACGUGGCCCGUCGAAAGAACCAUGUGGAACUCCGAACCGACCAGUCUGGGCACUCAGACUUCCACCAUACACAAUGGAAUGGAUGUAACGAGUGUGAUGAGUUUCGCGUCCAGUUCUGGGGGAGUGCCUUUGGACAGGGUGCUGGACAGUCCGGACACAUCGCGCAGGUCCUCGCAACAGCUGGAGGCUAAGGUCGACAUGGUUUAUAGUUUGUUAGCCGUUUUGGGCGGCCAGGAACACGCCGACAUGGGAGAGACCCUCCUUGCCCUCAGUACAAAUCCCGAAAGUUGUCUUGCCAUGCGUCAAUCCGGAUGCAUACCUUUAUUGGUUCAACUGGUGCAAUCGGAAAAGGAUGUGGAAACCAAAAAGAAGGCUUCGCAAGCCUUACAUAAUUUGGUGCACUCGCAGCCCGACGAGAAAAUCAGAAAGAGGGAGACCCGCAUCCUGAAACUGCUGGAACAGACCAGAGCCUACACAGACGCACUGCGAUCUAAUACUGACUAUCUUCCUGAGAGUUCUUCCGCAAAUGAAGGUGCAGAUGGUGAUAAACAUCCUGUUCAAAUAGUGGCUCAUUUAAUGAAGCUUUCUUUUGAUGAGGGUCACAGACAAGCCAUCUGUCAACUAGGAGGAAUUUAUGCUAUUGCUACUUUAGUAGAGGCGGAAAACGCAAGGCACGGUAGUACUUCAAGCGAUAGCCAUUGCAUACUUAUGCGUAGAUAUGCAUGUAUGGCACUCACGAAUCUCACGUUUGGCGACAGCGGCAACAAAGCCUUGCUGUGCUCCUUUCGGGAGUUUAUGCGAGCCCUCGUUGUCCAACUGCAAAGCACCAGCGAUGAACUCCGACAGGUUACCGCUAGUGUGUUGAGGAACCUGUCGUGGCGUGCGGAUGCAACAAGCAAGGACAUCCUGCGAGAGGUGGGAAGCGUUACUGGGCUGAUGAAGUCGGCGAUGCUGGACAACAAAGAGAACACUCUGAAGUCAAUUUUGUCGGCGUUGUGGAAUUUAUCUGCUCACUGUACCGAAAACAAGUCGGAAAUAUGUGCUGUGGAAGGUGCUCUGGGCUUCCUCGUGGACAUGCUGACGUAUAAAACUCCGACGAAGUCGCUGGCCAUAAUAGAAAACUCCGGCGGCAUUUUGAGAAACAUUUCAAGUCAAAUCGCCGUCAGGGACGAUUACAGAGAGAUCCUAAGGAAACACAACUGUUUACAAAUAUUACUCGACCAAUUGAAAUCGCCUAGCCUGACCAUAGUCAGCAAUGCUUGCGGUGCAUUGUGGAAUUUAUCCGCAAAAUGCGCCGUCGACCAAGAAGCUUUAUGGCAAAUGGGUGCACCUGCGAUGCUUCGCAGCUUAAAUCAUUCCAAACACAAAAUGAUAGCCAUGGGAUCAAGUGCUGCCUUAAAGAACCUACUGAGUGCCAGGCCUCAACAAAGCAUAAUUUCGCAAAUGGAUUCGACCGCUCUCUCUCUAGAUUUACCCGUAUUACCGACUUUAGGAGCCAGGAAACAGAAAGCCUUAUUACAAGAUUUGGACAAUAAUUUAUCCGAGUUGUACGAGAACAUUGAAAAGGAUUCGCCGGUAAAGGUGCCCAAAAAUGACAAAUACAUUCCAACAAAUGAUUUUAUACAAAAGUCGAACCAUCACAAAUCAUACGAUUUCAUCACCAGGACGGCCAUCGACACAGAUAAUUUAACCAACUCUUUCGCCAGUCUGAACAUUAACGAGCCAUCCACCAGCUAUGCACUUGACACACCACGCUCUAAGUCUAAAAUACCUCAGAGUUACGGCAGCACCAGUCUGCCGUACAUGUCGACUUCCAUGCAAAAACGAGUACCGACUUCUUCCACCUUUAUCCCCGUGAGGAACAAAUUCUCCGACUGCUCCUACGAGAAUGAAAUUGACGUGUCCGACCAGUCUACAGAUUACGGCCAGAAAUAUUCCGAAAGAAAUGUUACAAAAAUCGAGCCGAAUGAAAUAGAGCCAGACGAGGGUUCUUUCAUGUACAACAAAUCUAAUAAAGCUGAGGAUGAAAAUUUCGGAAUUUAUGCCGAGACCGAUUUGGACCAACCGACUGAUUAUUCAAUAAGAUAUGCCGAGGACGAUUCAGACUCGGACCAAUGCAAGAAAUCUUCCAAAGACGUUCCCGCUGCUUUUAUACAUGACACUCUAAAGACUUAUUGCACUGAAGACACACCGUACGAAACGCCACUGAACUUUUCGACAGCCACUUCCAUGUCCGAUCUCAGAAUGGAAGAGAAACGCGUCAUAGACAACGACAACUUAACGAACAACGUGCCCAAAUGUAAGGAAAUCAAAAAUGAAGACGAAAAAGAGCGUUGUUCCACCGAGGACAUAUCCGAACUAGAAAAUCUUCCCAAAUCCUGUGAUAAGAUACCGAAGUCCGAGUUCAGUUCAGGAUUGCUGUCACCUGAGAAACCGAUAAAUUACUGCGAGGAAGGCACUCCCGGUUAUUUCUCCCGUGUGAGCAGUUUCGGCUCUCUAAACUCCAUUCCGCCUAACGAAACUCUAAAAAACGAGGCCAAGGAACAGGAAAUCGAAGAAAAGACUGUUGAAAAACAGGUGAAGAGCCCUGCUGAGGUGAAGGUGGUGAAAUUCGAACAAAACGUCAACUAUGCGGAACAAACGCCCUUGAUGUUCAGUCGAUCCAGUUCUUUGGAGUCUUUGGGCAGCAUUGACCAACAUUCGAUACACGACGACAGAAGUUCUGUGGUUUCCGAUUUAAGCCGACUUACAAGUGGAAUAGUAUCGCCCAGUGAAUUACCGGAUUCGCCGACACAAACGGUGCCACCAAGCCCUAAACCACGGAAAGUGUCACCGGAGUUUCCUUUCACUUCUAAAUCUAUAUCUGGAGAAGACACGCGACCCCAGCCAGCUCCCAGAAAUAUUUCGAAACAUAGCGUUUUCGAGGAUCGCUGUACCAAGUUUAAAGAAGAAAGCACUCCUGUGCAAUUCUCAACUGCUACAAGCCUAAGCAGUCUUACCAUUGAUGACCAAGAUGAACCUACUUUGCAGCGGGUAAUGGAAAGCGCAAUAUCAAAUGUCAACGAGCCUGUAGUGAAACCAGAACAAAACGAAAAAAAGGACGUGGAAAAAGAAUCCAACAUAUCGGACGUAAAUGACGAGUUGGCGCAGGAGUCUGAGGACGACGAGGAUAUUUUAGCUGCAUGUAUCUAUAUCGGAAUGCAAAACAACAGAUAUAAUAAUGCAAAUUCUUCGUCGCCAACUCCAAGCAAAUUGCCAAUUUCGAGCUACAAAUAUCAGAACAAACCACAAACCAGCGGAAUACCCUUGCCAAAAUCUAUGACCAGAAUUGCCCCAGUAGGUCAAUCAAGUUCACCCAAUAUUGACACAGUAAAAACAUAUUACACUGAAGAUACGCCCGCCGUUUUAAGCAAUGCCGGUUCCAAUUCUGACUUGAGCAAUGUGUCCAUGCUCACCAAUGACAACAAAAGUAAGAAAGAUUAUCUGUCAGAUGAUAGCAGUAUUUUAUCUGGGGACAAUGACAACAUACUUGCUGAAUGCAUUCAGUCAGGUAUGUCCAAUAUUGUCAAAACAAAAGCCACCUGUUUACCAAGAAGAAAUAUUCCUGCAAGCACUCCAUUAAAAUAUAAUUCAAACGAAAAUAAACGUAUUGUAAAAGGAGAAAGCAGCAAACUACAAAAAGACAGCAAUAGAAGACCAAAUGUGGCACUACCAGAGUAUUUGUCGGCCAAAGACGAAUUGGAAAGUUACGGGGUAGAAAACAGUCCAGCUCAAUUUUCCUUAAGGUCCAGUCUGAGCGAUUUGACAGCCGAUGGGAGUGUGGCAGGACUAACAAAGGGAGGAUUCGAGAACAAUGAAUUUGGGAGCAACAAUCAGCCUUGUUCAUCUACGAGUAGAAACUCAGUGGAACCUCUUAACAUUUCGCAAGAACACAAUGUGAGCGUUCGCGAAUCGUCGUCCUCAAUCAGUGUCGAAUCGUUGGAGUCCCUGGAGGCGGAACAAGCUCUUUUGGAACAGUGUAUAUUAUUAGGCAUGUCUAAGAUCACUGCCGCCUCCACUUUGGCGACCACCAAACCGUUAGACAUUUCCGCGACGAACAAACCGGUGGGCAUAGCUACCAAACAGUUUUCGCGGCACACUGCCGGCGACGGUAGAUCUAGCUCACCGACGGUGACGUCUCCUGUCGACGAGAAACAGUCAAAAAACGUGAAUGUUGCGUCUGUUGCCGGGAGCACAGCAGAAACAGUCAACACAGUGCAUCCGGCCACCACAGCCGUGGCAGCAGACGUAAGAGAAGAUCGAGGACACGCGACCUCCGAUCCCAGAUGCCGCAGUCCGGCAGAUGCAUCUCCGGACAAAUACUCGCCUAUCGAAGAGAUCCACUCGACAUAUCAAAAGAAGUGUGGAUUUAAUGCUCCGACGGCGUAUGUAGAAGAUGAAAUCAGCCCGACCCAUUCAUCGCCCGACGACUCAACAAAUUACAUCAAAGAUGACUUCGAGGCACGCUUGAACAGAAGCUGCAACUUAACCGGAAAGACUGUUGAUAACAGAAUGCUGGAUCCGGAUGCAAUGAUCGAAUCUUUGGACCGAUUCACUGCAGAAUUAGUAUCACAAGCAAGUCAAUUAAAUAAGGAAGACGACAGAUAUAAAAUCUCAACAUCGGAUCACACUUGGGACGACGAUACUUCGCCGAAUGAGAUUACUUUCCCAAGUAUUUCGACCAGUGCUCCUAAUGUGGUCACCUUUAAAAGUGACGAAGAAUCGAAUAAUGAGACUAAAGAUCAAGUAGACGGACCGGUCAAUGAAUUACCUUCCAAUGAUUUUUCGUCGAUUAACACGAGCACCAUGACGGAAUCUACGUUGAUUGCCUUUGAAGCCAAUAAGCUGGCGACUGCUUUCAAAAACGAGGCCGACAUGUCUCAAAGCAUCACCAGUGUUAAUUCGCUUGAACUGGACCAAAUUCAACCCCCAUCGCAUCUCAAUUCGAUGACUAACAGCGCGGUCAGUUUAGAAAAGCUGGUUCCAAAAAGUCCAAAAUUGGUGACGCGUAAGAAAUCUUUACCUGCUGGUCUGAUGAUACGAAGAGCUCUAACUAACUCUUUGAACCACGGAUCGAGUUUAGAGAGUUUGGAGAAUCAAAGUAUUUCCAACUUGGACCAAGUGAAACCUCCGGCGGAAAUCAAAGAUGUAUUUGACAUGGAGGCAAGUUUGUCUAGCGUAGCGAGUUUGCCCAACGAAAUGUCGGAAAUGAAAGCUGAUUUCGUUAUCAACGGAAUAUUGAACAAGGACUCCCAAAUGCUUCAAGACCACAAUCCUAUAUUUAACAUAAAACACCAAGCGAACGUUAUCCAUUUCAUGGGAUCGAGUGUCAGCGACAUAGAAAAUAUGAAUCCACCGUCAAUUUUCAACGAAAUUACCGACAUGUGUAAUUCCCUGUCCGACAUUCCCACUGAGGCCAUUGGUAGUGAAACUGAAAUAUUUGAAGACUGUUACACUCAUGUUGCGGAUACUACUUUGGUAGAAGAUCAAACCGAAUUUACGGAUGCCAACAGUAUUACUCCCAUACAGUCAGACUUUGGGUCUAGCAGUAAUGAAUCUUCGCCUAAAAAAGCCAGAAACCUUAGCACCAAUAAACAAAAAAGGAGUUUAGCAAGGGAGCGUUAUAAAACUUAUACGAUUCCACCAGAAAUUUUAUCAGAAAUGCAAAGCAAACAAGCAAAUAAAUUAGAGUCUACUUCUGAAGAUUACAACACAGCAAUUGAUCACACCAUCGACGAAAACACUUAUGUGUCACCGACCUACAGCAUAGCUAGUUCCAAAAAAAUGACACCUAAAGAACAAAGACGCGCUAACAAAUCGAGAUACGACACGCAAGUUCUAGAUGAGGCCGUUACGAGCAUUUUACAACAACCUAUAAUAGCACCUCCAAAAGAAGAUGUGGCAUCUGAGGACAGCUGCAAUUCGGCCAAUCAAAGUCCUGCGAGGACCAAGUUAAGCAUCAGACGAAACUUCAUUCAGAAAAGAUUGGAAAACAAGGAACGAUUUAGGACGCAGACUUUAAGUGAGUCAAGCUUUUCAUCAGACACACCUUCUUCAGGUUCUCCUCUUAAAGGAGAGGCGGACAUGCAUCUCCUAGUUCAACAGGAAGCAAAUUUAAUAUUGAAAACUUUGAAUGAGACAAAUAUAAAUAUAAACGUAGAUGAAUUGCUGGAUUGUGAAACGGUCAGUUUAGUUUCGAAUGACGAUGAUUCUGAACACAAUUCUGGAGGUUCUAUGAAUUAUAGAACUUAUCACAAGAGUUGGGGUAUCAGAAAGAACAACGUCCCAAUUAUACAGUCCAAUUUGACGAUAGAACAACAGCAAGUAGCAGUGCAGAACGAUCUUGUAAAUUGCGAUCCCAGUAAUUUAUCCAACGAUCCAGAAUAUGAUCACACGUCCGGAGAAUCGGAUCAUUCAGAAGACGAAAAUCAAGUAAAAGUAAUAGGGAAACCGAAAAUAGUGAAGCCUGGUGAAAAACCAGCCGUCGAAGAACCCACCGUACAAGAAGAACAAACUAAAGUCGUUCGAGGUAGAAGGAAACCACUUUUUUCCAAGAUCAAUACAAACAUGAAGACCCCACCCAAACAAAUCAAACCCGUGAAACCAGUGUCACCAAAUGUAAGAAAUUCUGGACUAAAACCUGGAACAAAUCUCAAGGCAGUGGCCAGCAAACAACCUAGAACAGUGUUGGCGAAGCCGCCAGUGUCACAGAGUAGGGUGAAUGGUCAUUCAGUUUCGCCGAAAACCAGUCCAGCCAGAUCAGCAGUAAAUAAAACUACUCCCAAACUGUCGACGAUUCCACCUAAGCAAAGUGCAAAGGAACAACCACCGCAGUUGGAGCGACAAGGUACAUUCACCAAAGAGGACGUUCCUUCUCCGGUUUUAAAAUCAAAGAUACCCGCACCUGCGUCAAAAAUUCCGUCGUUUACGUCUAAAAUAGCCAAGUCAGUGGCUAGCACUGCGACAAGAUUGAACGGCAAAACAGCCGUCGCUAAAGGGUCAGUCAAGUCCGCUUCUUCGGACAGAAUUCCGAAGACGAACAAGAUCUACAACAGAUCGACGAGUGCGGACAGCAGGGACACGAACGUAAGAAAAAUCCAAAGCUCCUCUUCGAGUCAGAGCUUGAAAGGUGACACGAGGAUACAGAACGGUGCAAUAAAAAAGUCGGGUAUUCCCAGUCCCGCACAACGAUCCAACAGCAACUCAAGUUUAAACUCAAACGGCAGUGCCAAGAAACAAGUUACCAGCAAGAUUGCUAGUUUGUGGAAAAAAAUCGAAGAGUCCAAAAUGAAAACUCCAAAAAACGAUACGAGGGUAUGGAUUCAAACUGAGGCGGAACCGGAGCCGGAGCCACCGAGGUUGAUACGAAGCAACACGUUCGAUAACAAGGAGGAGGUGAAAUUGAGAAGUAAACCGGUGCAAGAAGAUGGCACCAUUACAAAACGAAUUUCAAGAUUGGGUUCGUUUGUUGUAAUGGACGAGAACGAAGGCGGAAUUGAUUUGCCAGCGGCCACUUGUACAGCAAAUGUAUAAUAUUGUUUUUAAUCUGGUUGUGUCGUUGACUUUUAUUAUCGCAGGAGAUGACUGACAUAUUAAAAUCAAUUUGGUUUGACCCAUAAUUUUGAUACCUAGAACUCAUACGAAAUAUAAACCAAACAAAUUUGAUUUUAAGAUGUUUUUAGAGUACAUUGUUUUAGUUACUUUUAGGAAUGUUUUGUGUUGUAAGCCAUAACAACGUGUUUCUAGUCGUUUUUCUUUUUGUAUAAGCAUUUACACUUAUGUAAAGACUGUAUAUUUAUUUGUAUUAUUAAUUCGUGAUAUAUCUAGUAUUUACUUAAUGUGUAUAUAUUUUUAGGUUUAGAUAUAGGAAAAUACUUCACAACUGUAGUUUUAUAUCAUGUUUAUAUUAUUAAUUUUCAGUUGUUAUAAAGGUAAUUUUAAUUCCAUAUACAUAUAAUCAAUCAAUUUAGUUUAUACAUUAUCAAAUGUCUAUAACGUCGUUCUUGUCAAUAUAUAUUGCUUUGAGGUU